AUGGAGAGGAUCCCAGAGGAGCGUUACACUACAGCACCACCUGCAGGAGAGGAGGAGCGUUACACUACAGCACCACCUGCAGGAGAGGAGGAGCAUUACACUACAGCAUCACCUACAGGAGAGGAGGAGCAUUACACUACAGCACCACCUACAGGAGAGGAGGAGCAUUACACUACAGCACCACCUACAGGAGAGGAGGAGCAUUACACUACAGCACCACCUGCAGUAGAGGAGGAGCAUUACACUACAGCACCACCUACAGGAGAGGAGGAGCAUUACACUACAGCACCUCCUGCAGGAGAGGAGGAGCAUUACACUACAGCACCUCCUGCAGGAGAGGAGGAGCGUUACACUACAGCACCACCUGCAGGAGAGGAGGAGCGUUACACUACAGCACCACCUGCAGGAGAGGAGGAGCAUUACACUACAGCAUCACCUACAGGAGAGGAGGAGCAUUACACUACAGCACCUCCUGCAGGAGAGGAGGAGCAUUACACUACAGCACCACCUGCAGUAGAGGAGGAGCGUUACACUACAGCACCACCUGCAGGAGAGGAGGAGCAUUACACUACAGCACCACCUGCAGUAGAGGAGGAGCGUUACACUACAGCACCACCUGCAGGAGAGGAGGAGCAUUACACUACAGCAUCACCUACAGGAGAGGAGGAGCAUUACACUACAGCACCACCUACAGGAGAGGAGGAGCAUUACACUACAGCACCACCUACAGGAGAGGAGGAGCAUUACACUACAGCACCACCUGCAGGAGAGGAGGAGCAUUACACUACAGCAUCACCUACAGGAGAGGAGGAGCAUUACACUACAGCACCACCUGCAGUAGAGGAGGAGCAUUACACUACAGCACCACCUACAGGAGAGGAGGAGCAUUACACUACAGCAUCACCUACAGGAGAGGAGGAGCAUUACACUACAGCACCUCCUGCAGGAGAGGAGGAGCAUUACACUACAGCACCACCUGCAGGAGAGGAGGAGCGUUACACUACAGCACCACCUGCAGUAGAGGAGGAGCAUUACACUACAGCACCACCUACAGGAGAGGAGGAGCAUUACACUACAGCACCUCCUGCAGGAGAGGAGGAGCAUUACACUACAGCACCUCCUGCAGGAGAGGAGGAGCGUUACACUACAGCACCACCUGCAGGAGAGGAGGAGCGUUACACUACAGCACCACCUGCAGGAGAGGAGGAGCAUUACACUACAGCAUCACCUACAGGAGAGGAGGAGCAUUACACUACAGCACCUCCUGCAGGAGAGGAGGAGCAUUACACUACAGCACCACCUGCAGUAGAGGAGGAGCGUUACACUACAGCACCACCUGCAGGAGAGGAGGAGCAUUACACUACAGCACCUCCUGCAGGAGAGGAGGAGCGUUACACUACAGCACCACCUGCAGGAGAGGAGGAGCAUUACACUACAGCAUCACCUACAGGAGAGGAGGAGCAUUACACUACAGCACCACCUACAGGAGAGGAGGAGCAUUACACUACAGCACCACCUACAGGAGAGGAGGAGCAUUACACUACAGCACCACCUGCAGUAGAGGAGGAGCAUUACACUACAGCACCACCUACAGGAGAGGAGGAGCAUUACACUACAGCACCUCCUGCAGGAGAGGAGGAGCAUUACACUACAGCACCUCCUGCAGGAGAGGAGGAGCGUUACACUACAGCACCACCUGCAGGAGAGGAGGAGCGUUACACUACAGCACCACCUGCAGGAGAGGAGGAGCAUUACACUACAGCAUCACCUACAGGAGAGGAGGAGCAUUACACUACAGCACCACCUACAGGAGAGGAGGAGCAUUACACUACAGCACCACCUACAGGAGAGGAGGAGCAUUACACUACAGCACCACCUGCAGUAGAGGAGGAGCAUUACACUACAGCACCACCUACAGGAGAGGAGGAGCAUUACACUACAGCACCACCUGCAGUAGAGGAGGAGCAUUACACUACAGCACCACCUGCAGUAGAGGAGGAGCGUUACACUACAGCACCUCCUGCAGGAGAGGAGGAGCAUUACACUACAGCACCUCCUGCAGGAGAGGAGGAGCAUUACACUACAGCACCACCUGCAGGAGAGGAGGAGCAUUACACUACAGCACCACCUACAGGAGAGGAGGAGCAUUACACUACAGCACCACCUACAGGAGAGGAGGAGCAUUACACUACAGCACCACCUGCAGAGAGGAGGAGCAUUACACUACAGCACCCUGCAGUAGAGGAGGAGCAUUACACUACAGCACCACCUGCAGGAGAGGAGGAGCAUUACACUACAGCACCACCUACAGGAGAGGAGGAGCAUUACACUACAGCACCACCUACAGGAGAGGAGGAGCAUUACACUACAGCACCACCUACAGGAGAGGAGGAGCAUUACACUACAGCACCACCUGCAGUAGAGGAGGAGCAUUACACUACAGCACCACCUGCAGGAGAGGAGGAGCAUUACACUACAGCACCACCUGCAGUAGAGGAGGAGCAUUACACUACAGCACCACCUGCAGGAGAGGAGGAGCAUUACACUACAGCACCACCUGCAGUAGAGAAGGAGCAUUACACUACAGCACCACCUGCAGGAGAGGAGGAGCAUUACACUACAGCACCACCUACAGGAGAGGAGGAGCAUUACACUACAGCACCACCUACAGGAGAGGAGGAGCAUUACACUACAGCACCACCUACAGGAGAGGAGGAGCAUUACACUACAGCACCACCUGCAGUAGAGGAGGAGCAUUACACUACAGCACCACCUGCAGGAGAGGAGGAGCAUUACACUACAGCACCACCUGCAGUAGAGGAGGAGCAUUACACUACAGCACCACCUGCAGGAGAGGAGGAGCAUUACACUACAGCACCUCCUGCAGUAGAGGAGGAGCAUUGGCCUGGCUUUUCCCUGUGCUCUUACAUGCAUCUGCUGAAGGUGUCUCAGUAG